AGUGCGUUUUGUUCAUCUAAACUUCAUGGUGAAGUUCGUGAUCGAGGCGGAUCUUCUAUAUGUUGUCACAAAGGGAAGGAAACCAAAGAGAUGGGGUCUAGAAUGAAGAGCAACGGUGUGGGUCGCCGGAAGGACGGAGACGUGUCGUUAAACAUGGAGUGUGGAGACGAGGACUUGUCGGAAGCUCAGCUAUCCGCCUACAACAAGGCGAUGAUACAGUACAGAGAGACAACCAAUAGCAUUGAUAACCUGCUGCGCGCCGGCGUCAUCGACAUCACAGAGCGAGGACAGGACUACAUCUCCAUUGAGUUUAAGGAAGGUCUGAAUGGCGUGAACGGCACCAAAGUGAAGCCCCCGGUGAUGCCGACCAGUGGACCCAGACCAGCCGGCACCCCAUUGCUGCUGUCGAACGCUGGCGUACCCCAGCCGGGUGGAACGUACCAGCUGGUCAUGGAUCCACGAGGAACGAUCUACUUCGGGUCCAAUCCUAGCGUUACCCCCACCUCUUCACCAGGCUCAGUACCCGUUGUGGCAGGAGUGAUUCCUCCCAAUGUUCCGGUGGCCGCAGCGAUCUCUCCGCCUGCGGUAAUGAGGCCAGUUGUUCCUGCCACCGCAGUGCGGGCAGCCACUCCCAGAACUACCAGACCAGCUGCCCCUCGGGCUACCACCCCUGCGCUUGUACCCCUCUCAAGUAUGGUGAACAAGAACAAUCCGAAGGGCACGUCAGCCGUGCGGAUCAAACCCACGACUCAGACCAAAGCCAACGAGGCGACCAGUGUCGGAGGAAUUGUGCAGAGCAAACCUUCAACUUCUGCAGCAUCCGCUAGCAAGUCUGGGUCAGCCAUGGUGGUUGACUUGACGGACGAGGACAGUAGGAACGUCAACCCUGUAGCGGACAGCAAGGAGGUGCAGUUUAACAAGCUGAGUGGCAAAACAUACCCCUCGCUGGUCGUAGUGGCUCGACCUAACCUCAGGGUCAAGGAGAUCUCUCAGGUUACCACUACGAGUGAGCGCAACUCUUUAGAUGCCAAGAUGAAGGCUGUACUGAUGGGAACGCCGACCAAGUUCACCGAGUGGCUGAUUCAACAAGGUCUGGUGCGCAGUGAGCAGCAUUGUUCCGUUCACGUCAACUCUGACAUGACUCCCAUCAAGCUCAAGCUCGGCAUGUACUCCGAUGUGUCCAAGUUCCCGUACAGCGGCGGCUACGUGUGGAUCAGCGAGUGCUGCCCUACACGUUUUGUGUCGGUGUUCAGCGGAUCGAUAUUCGAAGGAGCCCCGCAUGCGCCCACUGUCCUGGUGAAGCUACUGUACCAUUGGGCUUGUCAAACCUCCGUCAACAAUAUUUCCCAGUGGGUGAAGGUCGACGGAUUGUAUGUUAAGAGCUUCUACACCAACAUUCGCUCUGUGUGUACGGCAGCCGUGCAUGACAAGUUCGAGAAACUCGGCGGACCGAAGAAAAGAGUGGAGUUGGGUGUGAUUAGUCUCGGAACCACCUCUCAAGAUGGCAACAUGAGGCAAGUGAAGGUUGAAGUGUUGGGAGUGUACGAUCCAGAGUCUAAACUGAUUCGUCUCAGAGCCGUGGAGCCUUUACAGGACGGAGAACGUAAUUACAAGCGGAGGUUCGUCAAGAUCCUAGAGCCGCUGGAGGAGUGGGUACACAAGGAGUCCAUCAUUCUAACGGACUACACAGUGGACAAAGGCACUCUGCACCACAUGGGCUAUCAGAGUGUGUACCAGGUGUCCAUGGCUGAUCAACAAGGCACCAGUCCCAAGUAUAGCAACACACAAGUGAUGGACUACUUGCGCCGCAUCGUCCCACGCAUGUUCCAGAACACACUGUCGUUGCUGUCUCGUCAGAUCAUCCAACAAUUCCUGGACGAGUUAGUGUGGCGAGAGAGAUGGGGGACGAUCGCAGCUCGGGCCUUUGAGAUGAUAGUGUCUCACCUCGCAGAACAAACUAAGCUGGAUACAGGCGAUACGCUGAUGACAAGGCUGAAUAAAAUAGCCGCAAACCCGUUCAAAAACUGGGCGUACAAAAACUGGCAAUCCAACUGUGUUGCCGCACCCCAAAUACCGACCAGACUGGUCGUCUCGAAUGAGGCAUUGGGAAGCCAGACUGUCUCAGCUGGCAGCAAUCUUCCUUCCAUCGACAACCUUCCUCCUAGUUUGAGAAAUACUGAUAGCCCUAAUCCAGUGUCGCAGGCAAACAAACGCGGUCGAGGUAAAGGGAAGACAAGUUCCGAGCCGGAACCUAAGAAACACUUUUUGAGUGUGCCCAGCAGCAAUAACUUACGACCUCUAGACUCGUACUACUACGGCACCAAGCCUGGGGCAGCUCAGAUAUUGGCCAGUCAGAAACAUUUCGACCUCAACAUGAAGUGUGGAAUGUGCAACGUGAUGGUGAAGGACAAUCUCCACAUGAUGCGUCACUUGGUGGGGCACGCCUUCAACGAGGGCUCGUACACGUUCUCCGACAACUCGCCACAGUGUCGCUACUGCCUCAAGGAUUUCAUCUCCGAUUUCGCUCUGCAGACUCAUGUGGAAGAGUCGCACGAGAAAGGCUCUUUGCUGUGUCAGAUCUGUCGAGAAGCCAACCGUGAUCGCACCACGCUGAUCCUCCACAUGCAUAAGAACCACUGUGAGCAGGAGCUGCCUUACCGCUGCGGCAUCUGCGACUACCGAGCGUCUCAACACAAUCUGGUGGUCGAUCACUUCCAUCAGUUUCACAAGAACACAGACAAACUACAAUGUCCGUUCUGCCUGAAGAUUGUUAACCUGCAAACUGUUGACGGCCGAAGGAUCACGCAGAAUCAGUAUUUCUUCAUAAACCACAUCCAGAAACAUCAACGGAAGACACUGGCUCGCAAGUGUCAAAAAUGUGUGCUCUGGUUUGUACAUAAGGAUCUCAUAAAGGAGCAUUACAAGAAGGACCAUACGAGCUGCAAGGAAUUGCCAGGCGUAGUGAGAGAGCCAGUGAACGGACUGGACGUGGUGAUGAUGCCGACGCCCCUUAACAGCCAGCCGCAGUUCAAGAGUCAGGGAAACAAGAACAAACCCACCUUCUCUACCACUUUCACUAUCAACAGCUUCCAGAGGCUGGGCAUCAGUGGAGUCAAAGAGGACGCAAUCUGCUGCGAGUGUGAGGGCGAAAUGCUGCAGGACGACCAUUAUCCGGGUUUCUUGUCUUGCCUGAAGUGUAGAUUCUCUACUUGCUGCAGCAAAGCCAUGAAUGAACAUUUCGUCGUCUAUCACCAGUCAGAGGCCAAGCCACAGUACAAUGUUGGUAAAGCCAUUAUUUUGACAAAACCACUGUACUGCGUUUGCGGCUUCUCCAGUCAGAGCGGAAACAAUAUGGCUCGUCACUUGGCGCUGUGCAAGCGCAAGUCAGCCUAUCCAACCCCAGAGCGAGCGGCGCAGUGUACACUGCAAGGCCAGUCCGCCAGCUUCCCUCCGCUAGUGACACUCGACGAGGAAGAGGCGGAGGACCACGAGGAGAAGUGGAUGCGCGCCUUCGCACCUCCUCGCGCAGACUCUGCGGACAGCGACAAACCAAUAGUGACUCCGUCAACAAGCGGAGACCCUCCUUCAAUGCUCAACCUGUUGGGUUUGGUCAGGAAAACUUCAUCCGACGAGGAAAUUAUGGAAAUUGACGACAAAUAGAUUAGCACCAAGGUUUAAAGAAGAGAAAUGCCGUCUUCAAGAAAACUAUUUCAAUACUGUAAUUAAGUGAUAUUUUGUGUAUUUUUUACUGUCAUGUACUUUUAGUAUUAUAAUUUUUUGCACAGUAUAGUAAAUAUGAAAUAUAAAUAAAAGCUUUAGCUUGUAUGUGAUGUGGUGUAAGUGUUAGUGGGGCGAAGUGAAAACAACAACAAUCCUUAUACAGAAGUGAAUAAAUAAAGUAUUUGUGUUCAUGAACCACCUGUUAUAUAAUAUUAAGUGUAAAUAUGUCAAUAAAAAAGAUGCUCUAAAAUGUUUUUCAAUUUAUAGUUGUUUUUAGCUUUUGCAAUUCAACUAAGUCAACAAAUGACUGUAUACAAAUCUGAUAAAAACUAACAUAACCUUUAUUUUAUUUCAUCCAAAGGGUUUCACUCAUCAACAUUCUUUUGAUUUAAAACCACUUCUUCAGAUGCUUUAUGUUACUUUAUUCCCUAAUUUCUAGACAACAAUGUGUACAGUCUAGUUUUGUAUUGAAAUGUGUAAGAAUAUCGUCAAGUAUCUAACUUAACAAAAAACAUUUGCAUAUCUAUUUGUAUAAACGCAACUAGUAUACUACAGUGUUGUAUAUAACAAGUUAGUAAGUAAAACUGUAUUUUAUGACGUUUCAUUUUUAUAAAACUCCACCAUAUAGUCCUUUAGUCAACUUAUAAGAGAAGCACUUCAUAUAUCGGCAUUGACUAUAUACAUAGUCAAUGAUAUCGGUCAGUGUUAUUAUUGGUAGUUAAUUACACCUAUAAUAAUUUUGCUUUUGUAUAUUGUCUGAUAAAACUUAGUAUGUGACUUCUUUGAUUGUUUAUCUCUUCAUGUUUCAAAUUAACGAAAUUAUUUUUGUGAUUGGUUUUCUACUUAUGAAAGAGACAAAAAAUAGCUUGACUGUUAAGUUUACAUACGUCACCUGGAAUAAUUUUGCUUUUGUAUAUUGCCUCAUGGGAAAUUAGGGUUAUUGUAUGUGACUUUGUUAUCUCUUGCUGUUUGAAUAAAUGCAAUUGUUUUUGUA